CUUCAACUCUUCGACACGAAAACUUUGUAAUGAAAAUGUUCGCCAAUCAUCAUGUAUCAUACGCUCCCAAUGAAGAGACCCAUGGCGGCUCUUUCUCAUCGUAUCCUUCUACCUCUUCAUCUUUUUCCUCCGACUCCUCUUCCAGCUCUUGGGAGUCCGAAAUGGUCAUGAUGACCCCGGCUUCCACCCCACGAAGAGGCUCACCUAGCAUGGUUAAAUUGGAGGGGACAUCAGUCCAGAAUCCCUCACCAACUUCGAGUCCUAACAGGUACGAAGCACAAGCAGCAUUUUGUCCGAUAACAUCGAUACCGCAGGAUAUGAUGACUGUGUUUAACGACCCAAAUCUUCUCUUCCAGCCCGAUUCCAACAUGCUAUCAGAGCAAGUAAUGGUCGACUACAGCAGUUUUCACUCCUACAAUAACUUAAACGCAGGUUUAAGCGGCGGCAUGGACAACCACUUGGUCUGUGAUACUUUCCAAGCCAGUCAAACCAUGUCUCUUGAGCCUCCAGCUCUAGUUCUCGACCUCUUCUCCCCAGAAUCCGGUAUGAGCUCUUCUCCAGUAUUUGAAGACUUCGUUGUCCCAUCAGAGACAACAUUUCUCAAUGCUUUCGACAUGCAUUCUCCCAUGGCCCCAGUAAAGUCUCUGCACUUCGACAUCUCGUACGAAACAGAGUUCGAUCCCCACUUCGCUAUAGACGAGGCAUCAGAUGCGGGCAGCAUGUCCUACUACAUGCCAACCCACCAGCCAUCUCAUCACGAACCAGCAUCUUCAUCACCGGCCCCAACACCCUCUCGCACCUCUCUCCGUCAGUCUCUUUACAGACCGCCUCCUUCCGCAGCUGCUCUUCAGCGAGUUCAAGAGAUCAAGGCAGAAGACUUCCCUCCUAGAAGCCACUUUCGAGACACUAAGAGAGAUGAGCUCUACCGAGACCUGAGACGUGAUGGCGCACCCAGCUCUGCUUCUGCCGCUAGACUCAGACGCGUCAAGCGAGAGUCCAAAGACUCCAUCCUGGACGGAUCCAUUCGUCUGGAGCGAAAAGCGAAACGAGUGUGUCUCUUCGAAGGCUGCAACGGGAAAUUCCAACGUCAAGAACACUUGAAACGACACGAGCGAACGCACUUGCAGAACGCUGAGGUCUUCAAAUGUGAAUUCUGCCCAAAGACUUUCGGACGCUCGGAUAAUCUGAAGAGUCAUGUUUACCUGCAUACUUUGCCUGAUGGCACGAAGAAAUCGAGGAGAACGGCAUACAACCCGAAAGCGUCGGCGAAGUGGCAUGAGAUGGACAGGAAGAGAGGGAAGAGUGCUGUGAUGCGCGAUGGUGAUUUCAAGGAUGAGCAAGGAGGCAAAAUUUUGAGGGCUCGAGUCGCCGGGUACUAAGAAAGAGACGAAACAAAUUCGACGUGUGCGGCUCGCAUGAUUCGCUCUGAUGGCUCGAUGGAUGAACAUUUUUAUGAUUGCUUAGCUACGAUGGGAGGGAACGCUGUAGAUGGGCAUUUUUGGGGAGGGAGGUUUUGCACUUUGUGUUUUUGCAUCUUUUUUUGAGGUGGUACGCUGGUUUCCAAGUUUCAAGCGAGACUAUUUCUGCCCCUACUCCGUUCGCUUGGGCUGGAUUUUGUGAUGGGAUGAGGUUUUUGGAGCGAGGUUCAUGGCGGGGUUCUGAUUUGGUUUGGGAGGAACAGUACUUGGUUGAUAUAAUAU